CUGGAAAGCAAACUGUGACCUGUGCGUGUGCGUGUGUGAGCAAUACUAUCGGUAAGGACUGGACUGUUGAUUUGAGAGCUAAACUAUUGGUAAGGACAGGACUACUUCAUGUGCCAGCAUGGUACCGGUAAGGACAGGUGUCACGUAGAGAGCCACCUAUACCUAGCUCUCUACUCCUUCCUCGUUAGCUAGUCAGUCAAUUCAACCUCUUCAUCCCAGCUUCCAUUGCUCCCACAGCAGAGCAAACCUCAGCCCCAUACGUAGCUCUCCCGAUCUACCUACGUAACAACAGGACUUUGCGUCAAGGUAAGGGGAAAAAAAGGGCGGCAGGCAGGAAAGGACCAAAGCUUCAAGACAACUGAGGGUCAGGGCUCGAAUUUGUGUGAAACGGAGCGGAACAGGGAACCGUCGACGGAAUCCAGACCUAGGGGUCCUAGCGGUGACUGCUUAUCGUACCUCACGGAACCUCGCUAGCGAGUUCUUGGGCCUUUGCGGUGUUCUCGUAGGGCAUCCUGUCUGAGACAUGGCGAUGGUAUGACGGGAAGUUUCACCUCCGCGAUGGGAAUCUGGACGGUACGGGCUGAGCUGUGCGGCAUGUCGGCAUAUCUGAGAGGCUUGACCAUCAACUUGCCGGGCUUGUGGCUGAUCCUGCCCUCGGAGGGCGAACGGACGACUUCGAAAUCAAUCAACCAUCGCGAUGCGAACGCCCUUGUAGUCACCAUACAGCUCCAUGAAGUCGAACUUCCACGCGGCGUGGUUCUUGGCCCUCUAGAUCUCGUCCGGCGCCAUGCCUUCCGUGUCGACCGUCAAGAACUCGAUCCAGGCCACGCCAACCACCAUGUUGUGAUGGAGGAGGGAGAAUCGAGGGCCGUCGUGGGGGAUUUGGCCCGCCGAUGCCCAUAUACCUUCCCCUCGUCCCGGACUGCAUUGGUAGUCGUGAUUGCUCUCCCCCCCUCUCUCUAGGUACCUUACUGGCAUUACAGCCACGAUGCGCCGCAGGGCUUGCCCGAGUACGAGCAGCUUGUCUCGUUAAUUGGCUUUUCGCACAGAAGCCCGGCGACGCGCAAUGGCGCUGACUCCGGCCAAGGUGCGCAUGCGGCACGGCACAGCUGAGGGGGAUCAAACAGCGCAUUGUCGACUUACGCACGGAGUCGCAUAUCUACAUCUG